ACCAAUUCCCUUGCCAAUUCCCUACAAGAUCACGUGAAAAACCUGAAAUGUCGUCACCGAGAAAGACUCUCAAGAGACUGCCGCGAGCGAGACCGCUACUGCCACGAAGCGCCGCGUUUUUCUGUACGCCAGGCAGACUGCUCCAAGUGCGUCUGCAGGCCUGGCUACCUUCGAAACUCUUGGGGAGACUGCAUCACCCAGGCCCAGUGUAAUCAUUGUAAGAAUCGAGCGCACCUGAACGAAGAUUACAACCUCUGCGAGUCAAGAUGUCCCCUCGUAUGUCAUCGGCCGAUUCGACCGUACUGUUCCGGCACGUGCUACAUGGAGUGUGCCUGCAAGCCUGGCUUUAUCAGGAGGACGCCAAAGGGAUUGUGCGUCCCUUUCGACUUCUGCCUGCCUCUUUGUCCCGGCCGGAACCAGGUGUUCUCCACCUGCCUACACAACUGCCAGGAAGGCUGCCAGAGCAACAAGCGUAGACUUUGCACGCCGUAUUGCGCCGGUGAAGGUUGCAUGUGCAAACCGGGGUACGUCGUAUUGACAGCCGAUCCGCUGGUAUGCGUACGUCGGGACGCUUGCCCCGGAAGGCGCCAGCAUCUGCCACACGGCCUGGUUAACAAAGGAUAA